AUGACUCUCGUUUACUGUCCAUCUCAUCGUAAGCAUAGUGAAGCUUUGCCAUGGAGGUGCAAACAGGAAAAGGGUCGAGGCGCGUCUUGCGGCUACGCGUGUGUCGCGUCCACCACGGCCUAUCAACGUGCCGCCAUACCACCCCGGCCGAAGACUGAUGUUCCUAUGCCGGGCGCCGUGGCGAUAGAUCCUAUCAGAUAUGGAGUGGGAGGCUCAUUAUUGGCCAACAAAUGGGUUUCGGGCGUUGAAUUGCGUUUCGGAACAGGUCAUGUGCGAAAUUUGUGCAGCCCCCUCAGGCUUUCAGGGGGGUGACCGAAGCGAUUUUCCUGGAGUGCAUCCAGCCCUGCAUGUUCUGAACCUUCUUGUUUGUCGGAGCUGGACCUCGACGAUCGACAAAAAGCACCAUGACACAACCAAGGGGAAAGACGCGUUUGAGUGCAGUCCCGCUGCCGGAAUAGAGUUGCAGCUUGCGCUGGGCAAUCUUGGUCUGUCUGUACGCUGGACUGUCACGCUACAUGAUGAGCAUAGCAAGCUCAAGCGCCGGCCUCGGCGUUUGACAGCCUGCACACUGUCACUGGUCAUGGAAACGGGGUGGCUCUUGGGUGCGAGAGAAGCAGGUGCAAUGGCGUCGGCGGCGGCGGCGACGGCUUCAAUUGUUUGUCGCCCCCAGCGACGCCUCUGCCAGGACACGAAUGUCGGAGUGGUCCGAAAAUGGACCACUUGAGGCUUGGCGCGAGGCAACAACGUCAACCCUCAGGACGACUAGCUGUUCAUCCGCGCACCCGCUGUCGACGAGGGUUUAGCCCUCGGCCGUUGGGCCGGGACCCGCUGACCGGCUCUGUUGGACGCGUCGGGAGUGGGUAUUCGACCAAUGCUGUGUCAGUUAGGCAUAAGAAAAGUGAUUGGCAGGCACAAUUGGAUUAGCGCGUUCCGAGAGAUCGGCA